AGUCAGAGUCGGUGAAUAGUAUCAUUCACACAGUAUCAUCCAGUGGUGAUAUUAUAACAGCUCUAGCGAAAAGUUAUCAGGAUGUUCCGCAAAGUCUUCGUGGUUCUGGUUAGCCUGGCCUGCGCCCAGGCGCGGCCUCAGUGGCAGCAGGCGGUACCGCUGGUCCCCGGCUCGUCCGGCACGUCCAACAGCGGCAUCACCAAGAGCGACACCGUCCUCCCGAUCGGCGGCACGUCCAACGUGGUCCAGCACCAGUCCGCCACCGGAGGACAGGCUUCCAAAGGCGGCUUCAACGUCGGCUCUGCCUCCGGCAACACCCAGAGCCAGACGGGUCUCCUGGGAACCAGCAGCUCGUCCAACACAGACGCCCAGUCUCAGCAGGGCUCCGUUCCAGGCUUUGGCAGCCUUGGAGGAGGUUUUGUCAUGCCGUCUAUCCCGAUUAUCCCUGGCUUCGGUCCCAGCAGCGCUCAGGGCCAGUCAGGCAGCAACAUCGUGCAGGGGGAGACCAUUGGACCUCACGGCGGCUCGACAAACAUCGUCCAGCAACAGUCGGGCACCGGAGGACAGGCUUCCAACGGCGGCUUCAACGUCGGCACAGCCUCCGGCAACACCCAGAGCCAGACGGGUCUCAUGGGGACCAGCAGCUCGUCCAACACGAACGCUCAGUCGCAGCAGGGCUCCGUCCCAGCUUUCGGCCAUUUCGGAGGUGCAGGACUAAUCCUUCCUUCCGUCCCGGCUCUCCCUGGUUUCGGCUCCGGCAGCGCUCAGGGUCAGGCUGGCAGCAGCAUUGUCAGUAGCGAUACCAUUGGACCGUUCGGAGGCUCUUCCAAUGUGGUCCAAAUGCAGUCCGGCACCGGCGGUCAGGCGGCCAACGGCGGCGUCAACGUCGGCUCUGCCUCCAGCAACUCGCAGAACCUGAUCACGCCGCACGGCACCAGCAGCUCGUCCAACACGGACGCCCAGUCGUCGCAGUUCACCAACCCCGCCCUGGCCGGUUUCGGAGGAGUCCCGGGCCUGCCAGUGAUCCCCGGUCUUGGCCUCGGCUCGGCCACCGGUAACGCUGGCAGCCAACUGACCCAGGGCAAGACCACCGGACCGGACGGCAGCCAGACCACCGUCACCCAGCUGGGCUCUUCGGCCGGUGGCAGCGCCUCCAACGGCGGCAGCAGCGUCAACCAGGCCUCCGGCAGCACGUCCAGCAUUGACGGCGUCUCUGGCUCGCAGACUCAGUCCAACCUGAACUCACAGUCCGUUCAGACCGGACGGUAGGAGCGCCUGCCGCUUGCUCAACUGUUUUAUGAUGUCAUUUUUAUCUACGAGAUCUUUUGACAUGAGAAUGCCUAUCAGGUUUCUGAUGAAGGUGUGUGAGUGUAGUUAACUCGGACACUUGUGCCAGUGUUGUGUUAUUGUUUUGCGUACGUGGCAUGUACAACGAUUUCGUGUUUCCAGUUAGUGAUAUCAAAGUUGAUUAUAUGACAUAUAAAUGUAAUAUUUAUCGGUGACCCGGCUCCGUUUCCAUCUAUCUUCAGCUGUGGUUUCGCUCUGCAGCUUUAGGUAUAUUAUCUCUGAAAUAUAAAUACAAACAAA